AUGAAGCAGACAGCUUUCCUGCUGUUCCUGAGCUUUGCCAGUGCCCUGCCGGCCUUGGCCCAGAGCGGCGGAGGUGAUGAGCAAAAGGACUCGUCAACUCAGGCCAUCGUUUCCUCGAUUAUUCUGGCCAUUAUUCUUUCAUGCAUUUUUCUGAUCGUGUUCUUAAUCUUGCGACCCCGUUAUCCGGCUGUGUACCAGCCGAAGUCGUACCGAGCCAAGCCAGCUUGGCGCAACACCGAGCCGCUUCCGAGCAGCACGUUUGGCUGGAUUUCUCCGUACCUGCGUAAUCCCGACAAGGAGAUUCUGCGCAUUAACGGUCUUGAUGCAUACUCGUUUAUUCUCUUCAUUCAGCUGAUGAUUCGCAUUUUCGUUCCUAUUUGGCUAUUGUCGUGGGUGGUGCUGAUGCCUCUCUAUGCCGCUAAUAUUGAACAUGGCAAGGGCCUCAAUAUGUUCGCAUUUGGAAGUGUCAUUGGUGCCUCUUCAAAAACUCAGCAGCUUCGCAGCUCUGGUGUGUUGAUUUUGCACUACAUCCUGGUUGCCUGGGUUGUGUACAACAUCCAUGCAAUCAUGAUGAAGUUCAUGGAGCUGCGCAAGGAGUUUUUGACCUCGCCUGAACAUCGCAACACGAACCAGGCCAAGACAUUCUUGGUGACUGGUGUGCCAAAUGAAAUGCUCAGCGAGACCCGUAUGAAGGGGGUGUACGCUGAUAUCCCGGAUGGUGUCAAAAAGGUGUGGAUCAACCGCAAUCUGAAGGAGCUUCCCGAAAUGAUCGAAGAGCGUGACAAGAACGUGAACAAGCUCGAGGGUGCCGUGUCAAAGCUUAUCAAAACCGCUGCCAAGAACGUGAAGAAGGGCAAGGUGGAGCCUAUGGCCCUCUCUGAGACACAGGAACCGUCCUUGGAAGUGGCUGAGCACUACGUGCCUGCUAAGAAGCGCCCUACUCAUCGCCUUGGUAAGAUCCCCUGUAUUGGCGAGAAGGUGGAUACGAUCAGCUACUGUCGCGAGGAGAUCAUGCGCCUUAAUCGGGAGAUUUCUCAGAAGCGUGAAGUGGUUCUGGAUGACUACGUGAAUUACCCGCCGGAGAGCAGUGCCUUUGUUCUAUGUAACACGAUGCUCGGUGCCUACACGGGCUCCAAUGCCAAGGUUCACCCGGAGCCUCACAAGCUCGCCAAGCGCUAUCGCGAGGUGCACCCAGAUGACAUUGUGUGGACGAACAUGAACAGGAAUCCAUAUGAGCGCAAGGCCCGAACCGUCGGUUUCUGGGCACUUACAAUUGCUACCAUCAUCUUCUGGACGAUCCCGAUUGCACUUGUGUCUCUGUUCUCCAGUGUGGAUUACCUGCAGAAGAAUGUCAGCUUCCUGAGCUGGAUUGAAAACUUGCAAGUGGCCUCGGGAAUUCCCCUUGGUGUGAUCAAAGCCGUCCUUCCUACGGCAGCAUUGGCCAUUCUGAACUCUUUACUGCCUCCAUGGCUGCGCUGGCAUGCGAAGCAGAGCGGUGUACCUACUCGCACCGGCAUUGAGCUAAGCCUGAUGGACCGUUUCUUCCCCUUCCAGGUGAUUCAGAACUUUAUUUUCCUGACAAUCCUUGGUGGAAUUCAGCAACAAGAAGACCGGUUCCAACAAGCAAUUCAUGACCCGGCCGACUUUGUGGCUACGAUUGCCAUGGCUAUCCCUACACAAGCGAACUUCUUCAUGCAGUAUGUCAUUCUGAUUGGUCUCUCAGGCGCUGCUGCCAUGUUCCUUCAGUUGGUGCCUAUCAUUGUCUACUAUGUCAAGAUUAGGUUCUUGUCGUCGACGCCCCGUAAGUUGUGGCACCUCCGCAAUGAUAUGGGUGCGCCCGCCUUUGGUCAGCUGUACCCUGUGACGCUCCUUAUCACUGUUUUGGGCUUCGGCUACAUGAUCCUGGCGCCUAUCAUGAACGGAUUUGCCGCUGUGACCUUCUUCACGCUCUACCUGGCUUACCGUUACCUCUUCCUGUAUGUCUUUGAUUGUAAGCCGGUGAACGAGACUGCCGGCCUAUUCUUCAAGAAGGCCAUCAACCAAACCUUUGUGGGUCUCUAUGUCAGUCUGUUUGUGGCCGCAUUGAUGUACCUGUUCAACUCGGGCGCGAACCAGAACUUUAUCGCUAUGGGUGUGCUCACCUUAGUUCUGCUUGUCCUUGUGAUUGCCUAUCAGGUGUACUUGGGUAUGCUUUGGAACAAGAGCAUGGAGGAGAUCCCUUCGAUUUUGGCUCAACAGGGUCAACAGGCGCCGACGCAGCAGGCUGUGACUGACGCUCCGGAUGCGCCCCCUGCCUUGCCUGAGAAGGAUGCUUACUAUGCAGACGCCCAGCAGGGCGCCAUGGUCAUGCAGCCGAGUGCGCCUGCGCAUGUGCUUCAGGUUGAGCCGCCGCAAGUGAGCAAGGAGAAGGACGAGACGGAGGAGAUUAAGACCAUGAAUGCAUUCUAUCACCCCUCCCGCACGUCGAUGCAGCAAAUCAUGUGGUACCCCAAUGACAACUACGGCAUUGGUCGCUCGCAGGCCCUUGCGGACCAGAAGGCCGGCUAUGAGUCCACUACCGAGCAUGCGUUCCUUAACGAGAAGAGCAAAAUCGAUGAGGAUGCUAACGCCCCUCCGGGUCAGGAUCUUUAA